UGGACUCGAGUUUGGGUUUCAAAAUGGCGGCUGAAGUGUGUUUCCAAAAAAGAUACACAACACAUCGAGCGAUUUUGUUUACCUCAUGCCAACUGUGAACUGAGUGAGCAAAAACCCUGCCCGUGAGUAAAAGCCGGAGCCAGCCCCAAACGAGCGACAUUGCACGGGUUGCCGACGCGUCAAAGGCACGCUGGCGCGCGUCGUUCCAACGUUGAUCUUCGGACCGCGUUAGGCUUAAGGGCUCCUAGUGUUCCUGCGAUGCCGUGAGCGGGCAACUACCACGUUCAACGCUGCAAGAAAAAAUAAUAUCCAAAGAUUUUACAGACGCUGUAUGCACGCUUAUCUACGUGGACAGUCCUCGAAAUUGCGAUCGGGGUGCUGCUAGUUUAUUUCCCGCCGUACACGAACGCGGUCAUAGCGUCCGAGGCACCGACGUUGCGGUGAAGUGGUGAUGCGUGAAUCGUGAUCGACUCCGCUGUGGCUGCGGCAUUCGAAAGAAAAAAGUAAAACGUGAUCUUCCGAUCCCGAAACCGCAAGGAUGGCCCUCAACGAACCAAACCUGGUCAAGAAACUGACGUCCGUGACGAACACGCAAGACAGUGUUCAAACGUUGGCACUCUGGAUUAUCCACCAUCGUGCGCACCACCGAAAGAUCGUGGACAUUUGGGCAAAGGUGCUCAAGAAAUCCAAGCCCAGCCACCGGCUGACCAUGCUGUACCUGGCCAACGACGUGCUGCAGAACGGGCGGCGCAAGGGGGUGCAGCAGUACAUCGAGUCCUUCGGGGAGGUGCUCCCCCACCAGGUGCCCCUCUUCCGGGACGAGAAGAUCCUCAAGCAGGUGGACCGGGUCUUCACCAUCUGGAGCGAGCGCUCCGUCUACCCCUCGGACUUCACCCUGGGACUCAAGGACAUCCUCCACAAAAGGACUGGCGAAAAGCUGCAGCAGCAUCACCACCAUCAUCACCAUCAUCAUCACUCUUCUACCGGUGAUGAAGGAGCUCAGCCAGCAAAGGAGCCCAGCAGAAAAGAUAGCGGCAAGCUCAAGACUCCAGAGGUGGAGAAGAUCAUCCUAGAGUUCAAGCCCGAGAAAGUCAUUGAGAAGAUCAAGAAGUUGAAGAAGGUGGAGAACGACUCUGUCAUCAAGUUGGCGGCGCUGACGAGUCGCAACAUGGACGUGUCCAGCUCUGAAGUUCUGCGCAAGUUCAAAGACCGCAGUCACGGACAGCAGUUCCAGAAGGACUUUGAAGACGCGACCCGCUGCCUGGAGGAGUACAUCAAGGCCUUGGAGAGGGAGAUGGCCGAGCGCACCGAGAUGACGGAGAUGCUGGAAGAGGCCAAGGUGUACUACGACAGUCAGCACGGCGAGGCACGCAUCGUGGCCACGGCGUACAAGAACUUUGGCAGCCGGGUGAAGGGUCUGAAGCGCAAGCUGGAGGCCAAGAUGAAGACGCUGCCCAGUCCCGUGCCCUCCCCCACGCCUGACGCCCCCUCGCCCACCAACUCGGACGACGACGCCCUGCUGCUGCCCCCGCCCCAGGACACAGAGUCCAGCCUGGCUCCACCCCUGGCGGAACCGGUGGUCGUGGACAACGGCGAGGCGAGGGCGGUGAUGGGACUGGAUGGCUGCUCCCCGCAGUCUGCCCCGUCCCCGGAGGGGUCCCCGGUGGGGCUCAGCCCGGUCCUGCCCGGGAACGGGGCCACGAACGACGUGUCGGGGGGCCCCGACGGCGCCGAAGGGGGCGCCUCCGCACUCAGCAGCUUCAUGUCCCAAAGCCCGUCUCUGAUCUCCUCGUGGCUGGACGCCUUCAACCAAGAGUUCCAGGAGAGCAAGGCGGCCGACACGCUGGGAGCUUCCCUGUCCGGAAACACCCUCCUCUCGGUUCCCUCGCCGUUGGCUGCCGCAGUGCCAAGCACCCUGGAGAGCCGCCUGUCCAGCCUGAUGCAGAACAUGAGCCACCUCCCCAGCGGCCUCUUCUCCUCGACCAGCUCGGCGAGCAACACGCCCAAGGGCCAAGACUCGCCGCUGCCGUACGCGACCGCGGUUCAGCCCUCGCGAACCAUCCCACCGGAGCCGCACAGCACGCCGCUGAAGGACGAGAACAGCGGACAAGGCACGCCAGUCCUCGACGAGAACCUGGCCGGCAACUCGGCCAAGCACCCGGCGAAGAAGACGGCUCCCGUCGCGGACACGGACCUACGGAUCCACCCGCCGACGGGCUCCAAGACGGACUCGUCGGAGUCUACGCCGACGCAGUUCGGUUCGGCCGCGUUUGGAUCGAAGAUCCCGACGUUGGGCAGUCCGGCGAGCUGGCUUCCGGAGGGGUCGCCGAAGACGAGCGCUCCGGCGUUGGCGCCUCCGCCAAUCCCGCCGGCGUUGCAGGCAUACCUCGAGCCGAUCCGCACGGUGACGACGACGGGAGCGGAAGAAGUGGGCGCGGACCUACUGCCGUCUCCGUCGGCGGACUACCUCAUACCGGUCGCCGAGAACUUCGACGUGACGGAUAUGGAGCUGGACGACUCGGGGGACGAAGGGGACGGGAUGUCGCACCGAAAGAAGGCUGCGACUGCAGCAGCCGCUCUGGCGGCGGCGAGCAACCUGAUUACGUUGGUGCAGCCAGACAACGCGGCCACUCGUACGGCAAAGGAGGAGAGUCUGGAGAAGCCCAGGGAAGAGCCGAAGUCGACCACUCCGGCUUCUACCCUGGCUUCGACUUCGUCUCCGGCGCUGAGCUCGGGGAUGGCAAUGGGGGCGGCGGCAAUGACCGCGCAGGGCGACUCCAGGCACCUGCGCCAACUUGCAGAAGGUGGAGGGUACCCGUCUUCUCCGCUAACGCAGCCCUCGAAGAUCGAGACGGUGCAGACGAGGGCAAUCGAGAGGUCGCCCCCACCGGACGACGUAAACAUCUGGGAGAGGAGAGACUACUACGACGUGCUCUCGCGGUCUCAACAGCCGCCCCCGCCGCAGCACCCGCAGAUGAGCAACGGCGGUAACCGCAUGCAGGGGAGAGGAGGCUACUACGGAUACGAGAUGCGACCCCAGCCUCCGCCAGAACACUUCCGCGACGACUACGACGGCUACGGGAGGGGCUACGAGCCGGAUUGGCAGGGGCUGCCACCGAGCCCAAGGUACAGGCACUUCAGCAACAACGGUCCCCCGCCACCCCAGCAGAGACCGCCCUACUUCCACCCGAGGUACUGACGUGCGCGAGGACUUCUGGUUUCGUCGCCGUAUUCGGCGGAGCGUAGUGUACAUAGUCACGUGGGUUCAGGGGGAGGGAAAGUCGCAGGCGCAAGGAACGUCCUAGGUCGAGGAUGCUCGCACCACGGGCUUGUGACGAAGGGAAACGACGAGUGCUUGUUUUUGCGGAGUCCGCAUAAGCAGUGCGUGUAUUUCGUGUGCGGUACGGAGGAAAAAGUUCAAAGCGAAGUUUAGCAUCUGACACAAGGCCUUUCAUCGUUUUUACAUUUUGGGAGCACCCGCUUUGAGUUUUGGGAGAGGGGGAGUUCACAAACUGUUCGAAAAGUUGCGAUUGAGUUCGUGUCGGGUCAGCGUCUGAAUUAGUGAGCACUCGAGUCAGUCAUUUCUCUCCGUUUCGGAAAAAAAUUUUCGUCGAAAGAUUCGGGGUGUUAUGCCUGCUGCCAUACAACAAGCUUUCCGAAACGUCUUUCGCGUCCACGGGGUUGGAAUCGAGUCGUUCCGUUUUCUUCGGGUUCCCCACCGACGACCAUGCAUCUGUGCGUUGCUUUGCACCCCUAUCGUUUGCAUCAUGCCCCUCGAGUGUCGUUUUCUCUGUGCAUAGUUCUGCGGACUUCUGGUUUUUGUUUUUGCAGCCACGAACUGAUGAGGCAAGUCGGGUUGCCAUCGGACACUCGAGAGAAUGCAGCGCUUCUCUCCCUUUCCUUGCUGUGUAUUACACAGAAAUACAAGUUGUUUCUUCCAUUGAA